UUGCAGAGAGAAAAUUUCACCGCAAACAGAGCACCUUCUAGAUUGCUCCUGGCAUGUGGGGACAGAAGUCUCUGCUGUCCAAGUUACUGAAUCCAGAAGAAAAUCAUGAUUUUAUGAACAUGGGAAAAGAAACCCAGCAAAGGCCCAAGGUGAAUGUCUCUUCUUACAUCCACUUUUUGCUGAGUUACAAAAACAAAUUCAAGGAGCAGCAGCCAAAUGCUUAUCUUGGCUUUAAAGAGUUCUCUAGAAAGUGUUCAGAAAAAUGGAGGUCCAUCUCAAAGCAUGAGAAGGCCAAGUAUGAAGCCCUGGCCAAGCUUGACAAAGCCCGAUACCAGGAAGAAAUGAUGAACUAUAUUGGCAAGAGGAGAAAACGAAGAAAGCGAGAUCCCCAGGCACCCAGACGGCCUCCAUCAUCCUUCGUUCUCUUCUGCCAAGACCACUACGCCCAGCUGAAGAAGGAGAAUCCCAGCUGGUCCGUGGUGCAGGUGGCAAAGGCCACAGGGAAGAUGUGGUCCACAUCAACAGACGUGGAAAAGCAGCCCUACGAGCAGAGAGCUGCUCUCCUGAGAUCUAAGUACUUCGAGGAGCUCGACCUCUACCGCAAGCAAUGUCAUUCCAGGAAGAACUUCCGAGUGCAGCGCAGAGGGAGACCUGAGUCAAGCAAGCGGAUGGAUUCAGUUUGAAAAAAUUAAAUGCCAUUGAACC